GAAGAAGAGUUAUUGACGGAGGGCUUAGGCUUAUACAUGUGUAAUGUGCAGUAGUUAAAGAUUGCAGUGACAUUUAAAAUGGCUGUCUCUGUCUGGGCAGAUAAAGUACAGAUGCUGCUCCGUCGCAUGAACAACUUUUAUUCGGCAGAUUCCUGCCGCACUGUAUGUUCGAGGUUCGAGAUCAACGGUGUGCAUGUCGGCUGGAUCCCACCUCACGUGACUACUCUGUUGGCACGGUAUCCAGAUGUGUUCAGUCCGCCGCACGGUGGCGCUGUGUCCCUGCGUCCCAGUCUGGAUUCAUACGAGAGGAGGUCUGAGGCUGUGGACGCUGUCCUGCAGACCUUAAGACAGGAGGAGGAGUCUCUGAGCUGUCUCAGAGGAUGGAGGGAUGAGAAAUACAGUGUGAUGCCAAAAUUCUCCGAUCCUCCCUUAAUGUGGAUGGAAAGAGCGGCAACAAGUCUUUUUGGAGUGAAACGGUACGGAACCCAUAUCAACGGUUACACGGUCAGUGACAGUGGGGAAGUCAGCAUGUGGCUGGCACGACGCUCCCCCACUAAGCAGACAUACCCUGGACUAUUGGACAAUUUGGCAGCAGGUGGUUUGUCUGCAGAUGUGGGCGUCAAACACACAAUGGUGAAAGAGUGUCAGGAGGAAGCGUGUAUCCCAGCCGCCAUUGCCGAGAAGGCUCGUCCUGUGAGCACAGUAAGCUACACGUACGAGGACGAAGAGGGCGUUUUCCCAGAGUGUCAGUUUGUGUUUGACUUGGAGCUUCCUCGCGACUUCAAGCCCCGAAUCGGGGACGGAGAGGUGCAAGACUUCUACCUCCUGCCCAUUGAUAAGGUGAAAGAACUGCUGGCCACCGAUGACUUCAAACCCAACUGUGCCAUGGUCGUCUUAGACUUCCUCAUUAGACAUUCCUUUAUUGAGCCUGACACAGAGCCAUGCUAUCAGGAAUUUGUGGCAGGACUCCAUCAGGCAUUAUAGAGAGACAUCCAUACUACUGUUUUUGUUGUGACCUAGAAACACAUUGAAAAGUUGGAGCCAAUCCCAGCUGACAUAGGGUGAAAGGCGGCUCACACCCUGGACAGGUCACCAGUCCAUUGCAGGGCAAACACACAGAGAGACAAACCACCAUUCACUCUCACAUUCACACCUACAGUCAAUUCAGAGUGUCUGCAUGUUUUUGGACUGUGGGAGGAAACCGGAGAACCCGGGGAAAGUCCACACACUUACGGAGAGAGACAGGGAUUUAAACCGGUGACCUCACUGUGAGGCAGCAUUGCAAGUCUCUGUACACUGUUGUGUCCAUACGGACAGACUGUAAAAAGUUAAUAAAAAUCAGCAACACCA